AUGGAAAAACUACCUUUAGAGGUAUGUACAAUCAGGUUUUCUAACCAAAACUUUAUGAUAAUUAUAUAUUUAGUAAUUUAAUGUCUUUAAUUUAUAGAUUAUAACAAAUAUAGUAAAAUAUUUGCCGUUUGAUGAUCGUCAUCAAAUGACUUUGGUUAAUACUACAUGCCAUUUUGCAACAUUACAUCCAAAAUUUGCCAAGAAAGUCUUGUUUAAUUAUGAUCAAACAAAGUAUGAUGAUGAACCAAAAGGGACUAGUAAUAAAGAAAUUUGUUAUCAUGCACAACAGUUUGAUUAUUUCAAAUUGGCACUAUUAAACACACAAAAAUGCAUACUUAAUGUAAGACUAAAUACUGUUACAUUUCAACAAUUAGAAGAUAUUAUUUCAGUUGUAGAUGUUUCAGAUCGGAUUGUAUCAUUACAUUUAGUAAACAUAGAUUUGUUAAAAGAUUCAUUUCUAGAUUCUAUUACAAAUAACUGUUUCAAUCUUAAAGAAUUAGUACUCAAACAAAUCUUUAAUAUUACAUUUACUAUGAAAUCUCGGAAACAAUUACUCAAUUUAAAAAGUAUAACUUUUUAUAUGAUAAACAUUUCUGAUGAAGAUUUUAAUAUAUUAAUGCAAUUAGCUCCAAAUGUAACAGAUAUAGGUCUAGGGCAAUGUAAAUUAAUAAGAUGGCCUCAAGCUAUUAGAAGGUUUUAUCCUCAAUACAGAGAUAAUAAUUCAUUAACAGUUUUUAAUUCAAACCUUGUGUUUACUAGUACUAAUAUUAUAAAUGUUUUGAAAACCACUAAAAAAUUAAUCAAUCUAAGAUUGGAUGAGUGUUGUGAUAUAUUUGUUGAACUAUCCAGCCAUAUUAAGUUGGAGUCUUUGAAGUUCGAUGGAUUUAAGAUAUUAUGCGCUUGCAGUUCACCAUCUUACUUGGAGGAAAUAAAUUUAAAAUUAAGUGAACAUAUAUCUUUACAAAAAUUGGAGAUGGAUUUUAUGUUUUGUUGUGCAUUAACAGCAGUCACAAAACUAUAUAAUCUCAAAUACUUAAAUGUAAAAGUUACAGAGAUCUUGUGUAAUACCAUAACAUGUGUACCUAAUUUUUUUGAAUCAUUGGUGAAUAUGACACAUUUGAAGACAUUACAUUUUGAUAUAUUGAAGGAUAUGGAAAAUGAUGAUUCAACUGUUGCCAUUCCAGUCAGUGCAAUGAGCAACUUAACUUCAUUACACUUAAUUAAUUGUUUUAUUGAUGUACAGAAAAUAAUAAUUUUUGGUAAAAAUUUAACAAAUUUAAAAUUAUCUAAUGGUGACAUUCUAAAAGGUGAAGAUUUUCAAUUAUUGUUCAAAAAUCUUACCAGUUUAAGACACUUAAGGAUUUACAAUUGUACAAACUUAGAAGAUAAUAAUUUAAUGAAAUCUCCAAUAUCUAAUCUUAAAGGUAAAUAAGUUGUAUACAAAUAUACAUAUUAAUAUUACUAUUUAGUUAAUCCAUACUUUUAUAUUUUUAGGAUUAAUUUCUUUAAAGCUUUUUCAAUCAAAGUUAUCAUAUCAAUGUUUUCAAUAUAUUAAAUGUUUGGAUUUAAAACGUUUAUCAAUCAGCUACUUAUCACUAAAACUGAAUCAUGAAUUGGUAUUGGAAUAUUAUCAUUUAAUAUUAAUUCAAAUAUUUUUCAAUUUAUAAUUAGGACAUUUAAAUGUUGGAAUAAUUAAUUGAUUAUAUAAUUAAGAAAAUAUGACAGUUUUGAUGUUAAUAAAUAUUGUUUGUUUUUUUGUUACAGGAAGAUUUUAAAACUAGUCUCAUACAAUUUAGUGAUUUAGUUCCUUCUUUGACUGAUUUUCAGUUAUAUUUAACAUGUAACGAGUAUAUAUGGCAUAACAAAUUAAAUGCUCUUACAGAGAUCAAAUUCAGCGUAAAAUCGUAUUAUAAGAGACUGAACAAAUUUGUUCUAACCUAACCCAAUGGAAUAUUAAAAAACUAAUGAAAAAAUAAAACCAAAAAUCUAUAAAGAUUGUUCUGUAUGUAUGUGUUGGAUUAGAUUAGGAUUUGUACUAAAGAAGUUUGUAUUUAUGUAUUAUAUUAAAAUGAAGGUUAACCCAUUGCAUAUGCUCUCCGUAUACACCAUCAAUUUUAGAAUAAACCAUAUUAUUCUAUAAUAAUAUUUGCAGAGAUGCAGAAAGCAAAUAGUUUAGUAAUUGGUUUAGAGAAAUGUUAGCAGCGCAAACAACUUAAUUAAAUAAAAAACAACAGCUUUUGAAGCAGUUUGGCAUUUAUGGUAUACCUGUUAUUCAUCAUUUUUAAUUAAUUUGACAGUCAGCAAACAAUUGUAACCAAUACUGACAAUAUCAAUAAAUAACAGGUAACUUGUAGGAAAUAUGCUUAAUGUCAAUACUUGUGCAUUACUUAUUGUUAUCCAAUAUCCUUAUUAUAUAAUUGUUAUUUUUACUACUUAUAAUAAGUUUUGUAAUUAAUUAGGACCAAUAAAUCUCUUAUUCAUAUAUUAUAUUUAAAUUUUUAUUGCUGUUUCUAAUCCACAGAGGGAGCCCAGAGUUGUGUUUAAAGUAUCCAGAAACUUAAUUGCCAUACAAAAUUCUGUCUUCACAUGUUCAUAAGUAAUAUAUACAAUUCAUUCUACUAUAACUUAUUAUUCAUGUGAUGUUUAAAAAAUUGCUAUUACUUCAAAUUUAAAAUACCUUAUUUCAUUAUCUUACUAAUAUAGAUUAUCAUAAUUGCACAUAUUAUAGGUACUACAUAAUAUUCUCAAUUAUCACAUAAUACUCAAAAUUUGUAUUAAAAAUAAACACCAAAAUAUUCUUAAAAUAUUGUAAAUAUUAAAAAUAGUGCAGAUUACUGAGAACCAUUACAAAGGUCAUUAAAACGAAAAAUUCAACUGAUAUUUUUGGCAAUUGGGCAUACAGUUGUAUAUCCUGUACGGUUCUAAAGUAAAUACUACUUACACUGGAACUCUCGUCGUAUGCUAUCUGAUGGCAUUGUUUUUACAUCUCGGACAAUAAAUGUGGGUCGGACAUUGACAGUGUGCUUUUAUAUCGUAGGUAUAUAUAUAGUACUGACCAAACCUGAUUUCUGGAUUAACUAGUUUAUCCUUUAAACCAGACGUGUUUAGCCUUUAAAACACCGAUAUACAUUUAUAUGUAUAUAAAUUGUAUGGUCUAACCAGUAACCAAUACAGAACAUUAAACUUAUUCCAUUUGGGGGAUUUUUUUUUUUUUUUUGUAACAUUUUCUUUCAACAAUAACAAGAAUUUAGUUGUUUUCAGACUUAAAAAAAAAAAAAAAAAAAAAAAACCUGAAAAGGAAUGGUGUAGACUGUGGUAGAUAAGUUUUCGAUCUAAAUAACAUAUGACGCAAGUUCCCUUACACUAAAUAAAUGUGUGAAAUUUGCACUUAAACAAAAUUGUUGUACAUGAUGUAUUAUUUUUUCUAGAUUAUAUAUUUAUACAUGCCCACAAAAUAUUGACACUUAUAAUGUGUUAAUAUUUUUAGGAAAAUGAUUUCUUUCAGAGUGAAAUAAACAAAUGGUAAUUGCCUGAAAUUAAAAAUAUAUAUCAUUAAGAUCCCGUGUAAAGUAGGUAUUCGUUUCACCAAUUUAAAAUUUUUUAUUUAUUUAAAUUAUUUAACAUUAAACAAAUUAGUUUAUAAACAUAGUAUUAGUAGUGUUUUUUCUCUUGAAGUCAAAGUAUUACAGAAAUCGACAAAAAUAAAACCAAUAAUUUAUUACUCAACAAAUAAACAAAUAGAAAUAUAGAAAUUUAAAAAUCUAGGUAUCUCAGUAUUUUAAUAUCUAGAAAUGAUAGUUUACAGAUAUUUAAUAAUUAUCAUCACAAUUAAGAACAUUUUUUAGUAUGGGAAUUUUGUAGUUAUUUUGGGAAAUCUAAUGAAAUCAAUUUUCUUAAGACUUAUUGAUCAAUUUCAGUAGAAGUUGUAAAAUACUAUCUGUAUUUUCAAAUGCGUUCUAUACACUAUACCAGGGCUCACCAAUUAAUUUCUAUAAAGGUCUGUUUUGAAACUCACUAAACUUUCCGCAGUCCCAAAACAGUUUUAAUGACUUUUAUACACUUAAAUAAUUACAUUUUUUUUUUUUUUUUUUUUUUUUUAAUUAGCAUUUAUAUUAAUUGAUUUAUUUAAUUUUAUUAUUAUUACAAAAAAAAAAUUUCAUUUGUUAGGUGCAACCGAUUUGUAUUAACUAGUUAUAAUGAUCAUCUGUUAACCGAGAUCUGAAAUUGUUUUUGAUAAAGUUCAUCUUAGAAAAAUAGGCUUCACAAACAUAAUAUUAAACCAAAUAUUGUACAUAGUUUAGUGACCAGACUUUUUAGUUCUAGAUAUUUACUUGAACAAACUCAUUUCAUCCAGAAUUGAUCUGGAUGAACUGUAAAGUGUUCAAGGACUUGAAUACAUUUUUCCUUUAAACCCAAGUCAUUCUGGAACUUGAUUAUUUCCAUCUACAAGGUAGCUUUAUUAGAGCCGAAAACGUUUAUGGCUUCACUACUCCAAUCGUCUUUGGGAUUUAGAGAAAAACAAUUGUUCAAAAUUCUUUUGUUGUCAUAUAAAUUAUGUAUGAUACACUUAUAAUUUUCAUAUUUAAAAUUAUACAAAUUUAAAAACUAUUCUGCGGAUAAGGGUGUGUAAAAAAAAAGUAUCAGCCAAUAAUUAACCCUUGCAAUUUACAGUUUAAAUGUUUGAACAUACUCUACAGCAAUAUUACUUGUAAGAAGUGGUUACAUCAAUGGUUGUAAGAUUAAACUAAAAUUAAUAAAUUCCCCCUGGACGCGGAUUAUAAAUGGUUAAUUAGGUAUAAAAUUGUUCAUUUUAAUUACCUAUAUUGGUUCAAACAUAACAUAUUUUUUUAUGUCACUUAUUCGUUUCUUUAAUAAUAUGUCAUCUGACCAUUAAAAGAACGUCACUGUCUCUGUUUAAUAAAUACACAAAGUAGCAAAUUCGCGUUCAGUAGGACUUAUUUCGUGCCGUUCUUCUCCGCUUUCAUUCCAAAUAUUUGGGGCAGCCCCCUCGUUUUCAACUUCCACAUUUCUCAUAUUGUAUAUACUAGCUGUCCUUAUACCAUUCUUAAUCGCAUCUAACUACCUCUUUUCGGUCUUCUCUGCCUCUUUUCUUCUAUGUUUAUUUUUAUUACAAUUGAUUUCAGAUUCCAUUCUGUCCAUUCCAUUCCCAAACAAUCUAAGUUUAUUUUUCUUAAUUUUGUUUACUAUCAAAGCAAAACAACCUCUUAUGUGUUUAUCUCCUUAACCUUUCUUUUCUCUUCAAUUCACUCAUUUAUUUAAAGGUACGUUUUUCCUUGCGCGAUCGACGAAAUAAGAUCGCGGUCGCGGUGUCUUGGUUUAAUCUAGAUUUUACUUUAUGAUUCAGAAAUUUAUAUAAUUUAUACUUCAUAAUGAAAUAUAAAUAUAUUAUAAAAUAAAUAAUUUUACAUUCAGUCGUACUCAAUAUUUUGCUCAAGUCUGGGAGACCACGCGAACCGCUCACUUAAAAAAAAUAUUAGUAAGGAUAUAUUUAGAUACAGACAUUUUAAAAAUUCUUUUACUAGGAGAAUAUGAUGAUGAUGAGGUUUUGCUCUGGUAUAUGUCAGAAGAGAAAAAAAAGAGCAUGAUCUAUUAUUUACAAAGAGAAGUAUCAAAGGUUAUCAUGAAAUACUUAUCAGCGGUCAUUUAA